AAUCCCACCCACGAUAGUCCACCACUUCUUCCCUUUCCCCAGCGACCCCCGAUCCUAUCGCCGCUGCUGCCUACCACGCCUCCUACCGGCGCGCCAGCACCCGCGCCUCCUUCCCGGCGCCCCGUCGUCCCUGCCUCCUCCCAGCACGUGGCCGGCCCCAGACUCCUCCUGGGACGCCGUCGCCCCCGCCUUCCUCCUGGCGAGCCGCCGCCCCUAUCUUCUUCUAACUGCCACCAUGGACCACCACUCUCUGCCCUGAUCCACCUUGGUAGUGGAUCCUCCGCGCUGUCACCGACCAUGGAUCCUAGGCGCCGACUCCUGUCUUUGGAUCCCGCCCGCCGCCGCCAGGGUCCCCGACUGAAGACGACCAAGCCGUGGAUCCUGGGUGCCAUCGCGGGCCGUGGAUCCUGGGUGCCAUCGCGGGCCGUGGAUCCCGGGGCGCCACCGCCUAGCUCUGAUCCCGCCGGCCGCCGCCGAGGUUCCCGACUGAAGAUGCCCUAUGCUGCGACACUCAGGCCGUUCGCCACCGCCACCUCUUGCAGUUCACCGCCACCAUCCAGCGCACCCCCAGUCGCCCCCCGAUUCUUCCCUGAGCGACGCCAGGAACCACCUGACUCCCCUGGUUCGCCUCCAUCGCGGGAUCACUUCACGCCGGCUUCACCAGAUUAUUCAGUUCAGCUCUAAACAAAUGAGCAUUAUACUUUGUUGUCCAAAGUUUUGGGAAGGUAGAAAUUGUUCCAGAAGGUGAAAAAUAUGUCCAAGUUAAUCAGCAGCUUUGGGAAGGUAGAAAUUGUUCCAGAAGGUGAAAAAUGUGUCCAAGUAUCUUUUCUAGAACACCGACACUCUUUGAACAUCAUUGGUAUAUGCAUGCCGAUGUUAUCAACCAAUUUGAUAUAUAUGCUACAAUUAUCCCUCGAGAUCGAUGUUAUCAACCACUAUCAAAUAUUCCAUGGACAUCAUUGGUACUACUAACCUCCACAUAUAUGCACAACUAAGUGCAAUCAGUCUGUUCUGAACACCUGCAGCAGGCAUGGCCUCAUGCUACAGUUCAACUUUCAAGUAAAUUCUACUACUCCUAAAGUUCUGCGAAUAUUUGAUAUCAGUAAUCAGUUAGUAACUUACAUGAGUUUGUUAGUUACAUGUUACGGAGAGCCUGGCAGGACUUCCUCCGCCGACAGAUACUGCGCACCAUGAGAAAGUUCAGGGAAUAUUUGAUAGUGGAAGCCACACUGUUACUGUGCACCACAGCUGGUAAAGAUUGUCCAAUAAUGUUG